AGGACAUCUCUCCAUAACAAGAUGCUGCCAAGAAUGUGUCGAUUGGUCUCGUCGCACUUCAAAGGAUAUAGCGUUCGAGGCAAUCAGUGAAGACAAGGUUGCUGAAAGUUUGUCACCUAAAAUUACUGGGAGAGAUAGCUUGCAGAAGGGAUACCACCGGAGCCCGGAUUUUGGAAUUGUUUCUACAAUCUGUUUUUAUUCUAUGGUAUUUUUAUUUCUUCACGCUAAUUUACAGAACACGUUAUUAUUAUUUAUUUUUUCAGUAAAGGAGUCUGACUGGAUGAGAAUUGAGACACUGCAAAAUCUCGUUUUCUAGAUAMGAUUUUGUUUCGGUGCGCUGCGACCAGUCAAAAGGCUACUUUGGCCACAGAUGCGCGUAGUGGAGACACAAAAACUGAUGGCCGCUUUGCCGGGGACCGAUCACUUUCUACAACCUUUCUUACAGCACCGCAUAGCCAGCUCCUCUCCUGAGAACGAGCCCCAUCCCCUAUCCUCCUUCCUGGCCAGAACCUGUGGCCAAGCCCAUCUGGGAGGCAGUGGAGUGGGGCAGGAGCGGCAACACAAUCCUUAUGAGGGGACCAUGAGCUCCAUGACUGGGAUGCUCCAGCUGUGGGGCGGGGAUGUGGUCCAGAGCUCUAGUCUUGGGGUCCAACAGGUGGCAACUCUGACAGUGCCAAAAUUAUCUUUUCCUGGCCACAUCCAGAGUGGACUGGGCCCUCACCCCCACCACCACCACCACCACCACCUMCAUGAGCUGCCUCUCACCCCUCCGGCUGAGCCCUCCUCCACCCCGACUGCCUACGCCUUUGAUCUCUCUCCAGGAAAGAUGCUCGCUCCUCAGGUCCAGGGUAGCUCUCAUACCCCAUACUUCAACCACCAGAACAAUAGUAUUGGGCAGAACUUUCCUAACUUCCUCCAAGUUUCCACAACAAGACACCCCUACCACCCUGGUGGGUAUACAGAGGAAGGUCAGCAGUGGUGGAGCCUGCCGCAGACCACCAGCAGCCCCCAUGGCCAUCACCAACCUCACAGCCACCCCCACCAUCACCACCCUCACCCCUUUGCCCUSGGCAGACAGCUGGUGUUGGGGCACCAGCCUCAGAUCGCGGCCCUCCUCCAGGGCUCAUCCAAGGGCUUGCUGGGCUCCACACGCCGCUGCAGGCGCUGCAAGUGCCCCAACUGCCAGUCCACUUCUGGAGGCACAGGGGCUCCAGCAAACCCAGAAGAACCAGGCCGGAGGAGGCUCCACAUCUGCCACCUGCCCGAGUGUGGCAAGGUGUAUAAGAAGACGUCCCACCUGAAGGCCCACCUGCGCUGGCAUGCUGGGGAGCGGCCCUUCCUCUGCAGCUGGCUCUUCUGCGGGAAGAACUUCACACGCUCGGACGAGCUACAGAGGCAUCUGCGCACACACACGGGGGAGAAGCGCUUCAGCUGUCAGGCAUGUGGGAAGAGGUUCAUGCGGAGCGACCACCUAGCAAAACACGAGAAGACCCACCAGGGUAAGAGGGGACAGCCAGAAUCAAGGGACAGCCAGGGCCCCCAGCAGGAGGCUCCACAGCGACCGGGUGGCAGCAGGGGACCAGACAGGAACAUCAAGAAGGAGUAGAGAAAAGACCAAGAGAGGUAAGCCAAGGGACUCACAGUCAGUGUGCUGUAUUCUGAGACCCCCAGCGCCAGUCUCUGUGUGUGUGGAGUCCAGGUGAUGAGACCCUCAGAAAGAGCAGAAAGGCAGGAGGGCCAGUGUGGAGACUGAGAGUCAAGGGCAGAUCAGUGAUUCAAUGGCCUUUCUCUUGAAAAAAGCGACUUCUUGCAAACACACAAACUUUUACACUGUCAAACCAUUGUCUUGACAAUGUGUUUGUCAUGGUCAUUGUAGCCAGCAUUGUCCCCGGGCCACCAGCAGGAGGCCUGUGAUCUUCAGAGGCCGUUCUGUUCAGCAUGCCUGCCUGCCUGUGUGGAGACUCGCAAUAAAAGCAGGAGGGCUGAGGUGAUUGAAUAUUCCUUUCUCAUGGACCCCUAAUGGAGAUAAGUGGUCUCAGAGAAUGACCAAAGACAUCAGAGAGGAAGUCAGAGUACAAAGAUUCAUGGAAAUAAUGCUGUUUACUAUGGUUAUUUUCAUUCAGUCUGCCAGCAGAGUUUUUUCAGUGUUACGGUUUUCAAUAAUAAACACUAACUACACCACAAUGGUCUUUUGACUUUAUGGUGUUUAUAUUUUAGACAGUUUGUGGUAUGAGUAUCUG